AAGAGUGGUGGGCAGAGAUCGUCGGCUGAGUCGGUCCUCAAGGGCGGUUAGAGUUGAUUAAGUGGCUUUGAUGUGCACAUCUGCUGUAUGAUGGUGCUUAAUGAGGUGUAGCAAUUGUUGUUCAAAGAUUAUAGAUCCAGAUACCAAGUUGUGUUGUUGCAUAUACCGCUCUAGGGGCUGGGCAGAGGCCCUGUUUAGACCUUCUAAUUCAAUCUUUUCAAUCCUUCUUAUCAGAUGAUACUCUCAAUCGAAGCUUAUGGGAUCUGUGAAGCCCUCAAAGCUGUGUUUCAGCAUUGUAUCCGUGCGGAUUGGCGUAGGGAGGUGGUCUGAAACGCGGCUGAUGCAUCUUGGCGUUCUGCCUCUGCCGUCGUCUCAUCAGCGUGCGCCAACUAUUGACGGGACAAAUUUCUGAGUGCAAGAUCAGUCUUCAGUCUCUACAACUUCAAAGAUCCUUCUUUGAUUGAAUCACAUCAAAAGAAACAUGCGAAUAUCAUCAAAUCCCAUCAUAAGAGCCACCCUCGUGGCGGCAUGGCUCGCCUCAACAGCCCUCGCGAUGCCUCAAGUCGUCGACCGCGAUGAUCCCCCACCCACCCCACCAGCACCGCCGAAACCCAUCGCGACGGCCGACCAAGUCGACAUUACUCAACCAAACACCACCGCCCCUCCACCACAAGAACAGAAGCCGCCCAUUCCGAUCACAGUCCGGCUGUUCCCCAGCUCACCGGGCGUCAAGAACUGCCGCGGCGCGUCCUUUGUCGAUAUGGAGCUCCCGCAAAACGCGUCGACGGAGCCGACGUUCACGACCAAGGACGGGCAGUGCUAUAACCUACCGGGCACGGCGCAGUGCGGCAUCUUUAUGGGGAACAAGGCAGAUGGGUGCGAGGCCAAGUUGUUUCGCGGGGAGCGGUGCAGCGCGUUUUCCAACGUUGCUGUUUUUCAAGACGAAUUACGGCCUGUGGGCGGAUUCUUUGCGAGCAUGAGCAUUAAGUGCGGUGUCGUGCCCGUUGAGCCGAAGCCGUUGAGUCUAGGAGGGUUGGGCGGCAAGAUGCAGAAGCCCGUUCAGGGGAAGGGCAAGAAGGCUAGGAGGGCGGUUGUGUCUGCGAUACUCGACAGUGACUAGACUCGCACGGAAUACGGCAUGGAGGGAACACUGAGAGCUUUUGCUUGAUAGGCGUCAAGGGUUUGGGACUUGAAGCGAGAUUCCACCCCCGGUCCAAGGGCUCGGGAGGCUUACGGGAGUUGCGGCACGUAGACGCCGGCAAUGACAGGAU